AUGAUUGUAACGAAGCUUCUGUACAUUUGUUUGAUAUUCACUUUCACAAAUGUUCGAUGCGAAGUCUUGCAAUUAACAUCAGCGAAUAUUUCCCAAUACCUCCAAGAUCAUGUCACGUUUGUUAAGUUUUACGCGGAUUGGUGCCCACAUUGUAGAAAAUUUGAACCGACUUGGAAAGAAUAUUCGGAAAUGAAACAGAAUAACGACUUGAGUAUAGCACAGGUUGAUUGUUCUGAUGAUCCAUUAUUGUGCUCUGAUCAUGAUAUAUUCGGUUAUCCAACAAUUAAAUUAUUCAUACGUGGAAGUGGCGCACGAUAUUCUGGUCCACGGCAUAUAGAAUCUCUCAAUGUUUUCUAUCAACAAAAGAUCGCAGAGGACGUAAAUUUUGAAGAUGGUGUCGCGACGAAAUCUGCAAUUGUAGAACUAACGGCAGAGAAUUUCAACGCAAUAACUUCGAAAGGUUUCGCAUUUAUCGUCUUCUUUGCUCCUUGGUGCAAACAUUGUAAAGUUCUUAAACCUGUUUUUCAAGAAUUAGCCAAACAAAUGAUUAACACUCGAGGAUUACUUUUAGCGACAGUUGAUUGUACAAGUGAACAGAAUCUCUGCGCAAAACAUGCAAUUAAAGGUUAUCCAACAUUAAUCUGGUUUGAAAAUGGUCACGAGAAAGAUCGAUACAGCGAAUCACGAGAAUUGGAGAGUAUGAAACGAUACAUUGAACAAAAUAUGAAAGAUGCCGAACCAGUGUUCACUGAAGCACCACCUGUGCAAGACAAAUCCGAAGAAUCUAUGGAGAAAACAUCUCCAAAUGACAAUCUUCUCACAGCGAGAACUUUUACUCAAGGUGUAAGUUUCGAAGGCUAUGCAUUUGUCAAUUUUGGUGCACCUUGGUGUACACAUUGCCAAAAGUUAGCUCCUGUCUGGAAACAAUUAGCUCAGAAAUUUUCUCAGAAUGAAGAUAUUCGAAUUUCACGUGUCGAUUGUACUGCAAGUGAAUCGUUGUGUAAAGAUCAUGGAAUUCGGGCGUUUCCAACUCUGAUUCUGUUUCGCUAUGGUGAAUCGAAGGUGGAAUACAAUGGCGCAAGAGAUUUCGACUCCAUGUACAAUUUUCUCGUUAGUCAAUUGGAAUUUUUUGGUGAUGAGUAUCUAUUAAAGCCAAACAAUGAGAUUAUCAACAAUUGA